AUGAAUUUGAACAUUAUUCUUAUAUUUUCCAUCAUUUUUAUUAUAAGUCUAAAUGCUUGUGGACCAUCUGCAUUAUUAGAUCCUAAUGCGUGUCGAAAAUGCAAACAAUUCGAAACAAAUUUAAUAAUAAAGAACUCUACUAGUAUAUUUGUGGAAAAUAUUACCCUGUCAUAUGGGCAAAAUAAUGAUGGAUGUAAUUUUGCAGUGCUACAAUGCUCAAAUCCUACAGCAAGAGAAAUUACAAUACAGUGGUAUGGUCCAUCUGGUACAAAUAUUGGAGCAACUGGUGCAGUGCAAAAUACUCAACAAGCAAUUGGUUUAAUUACUUGUAAUGAAAAUUCACAAUGGAUUUCGACAGAAAUUGGUGUCAUACGAAUUGUUGAAACAGCAACAUGUGAAUAUACACGAUAA